UAAGAAGUUCCGUUGCUGCUGUCGAUAUUGAAAUGAUGACAGAACCUUGGAAGGUUAGGGACAGUGUUUUUCUGAGUUUUCGCUGGAACAACUGCGCCAACGUGCUAUCAGUCGCUGCAGCUCGCUAAUAGCCCACAUGGAAUAACGGUGGGUUUGCACGACACUUUCUUCCAUGCUCAACAAUGGCGUUUGAUGUGGUGGUGGAUACGAGAAAAUCGAGCCCCGCAUCCUGUGAUAAGGGGCCCCACUAAAAAGUUCCAAAUCCACAAAAUUUGACUGAGAGUUUGCGACCAAGUCUGCCACCGCCUAUCGCAUUCACCUUGAAGCGCCCUUCAACACCACGCGCAGAGUUUGAGAAACGUCAUGGUGAAGCGCACAGCGGACGAAGAGAAGGCGGCCGGCCCGCUCAAGGCUGGCGAGCGUCCCGACGCCAUGGACGUCGACGAGAAGCCCAACGACAUGGGCGAAUUCGAGGACGAGUUUGAAGACGAGUUCGAGAGCGAGGACGAGAUCAUCGAGGCCGGCGUUGACGGGAGGCCAGAUGCUGAACGAGAGGCCGAGGAGGCAAUGGAUGUCGACGCUGCUGGCGCACCAGCUACCUUCAUUGUCGGCAGGACAAAGCUCGAACCCGGCCAGACCCUCAGCCCCGACCCGACAACAUACCGCAUGCUGCACAACCUGAGCACCCCGUGGCCAUGCCUCUCCUUCGACAUUAUCCGCGACGGUUUGGGAGACAACCGCAGCGUCUUCCCGGCCACCGUGUACACCGUGGCCGGCACACAGGCAGACAGCGUAAAGACCAGCGACAACUCCAUCAUGGUCAUGAAGUUCAGCGGCCUCAGCAAGAUGCAAAGCGAGGAUGGCGAGGAGUCGAGCGAUGACGAGAGCGACGACGAGGACGCCGACCCUGUCCUCGAACACAAGAGCAUCCCGCUCAAUACCACCACCAAUCGGAUACGCGCCCACCAGACUCCGUCCCAGGACCCCUCGAAACCCGCGACGACGCUCACAGCGACCAUGACCGAGUCGACCAACGUAUUUAUUCACGACAUCACCCCCCAUCUUGCCUCAUUCGACACCCCGGGCACCAUUAUCACACCACAACAGAACAAGCCCCUUUGCACCAUCCGCGCCCACAAGUCGGAAGGCUACGCGGUCGACUGGUCGCCUCUCCACCCGGCAGGCAAGCUGUUAACAGGAGACAACGACGGCAUGAUCUACGUCACAACACGGACCGACGGCGGCGGCUUUGUGACCGACACGAGGCCCUUCCAGGGCCACACAUCGAGCGUGGAGGAGAUCCAAUGGAGUCCGUCCGAGGCGUCCGUGUUCGCGUCCGCGUCCAGUGACGGCACUAUCCGCGUGUGGGACGUGCGCAGCAAGGGCCGCAAGCCGGCGCUCUCGAUGCAGAUCAGCAACGUCGACGUGAACGUCAUGUCGUGGUCGCGGCAGACGACGCAUCUGCUGGCGUCGGGCGACGAUGCCGGUGUUUGGGCGGUAUGGGACCUGCGGCAGUGGAAGCCGAGCGCGGGAGGCAGUGCUGCUUCGGCGCCGCUGCAGCGGCCGAGCCCGAUUGCGAGCUUCGACUUUCACAGGGAGCAGAUUACCAGCGUAGAGUGGCACCCGACCGACGACAGUAUCGUGGCGGUGUCGGCGGGCGACAAUACGGUCACGCUGUGGGAUCUGGCGGUCGAGCUGGACGACGAGGAGAGCAAGGAUACCGCGGGCGUGCAGGACGUGCCGCCGCAGCUGCUGUUUGUUCACUACCAGAACCUGGCCAAGGAGGUGCACUGGCACCCGCAGAUACCGGGCGCCUUGGUAGCAACGGGCGAGCACUUCAGUGUGUUUAAGACCAUCAGUGUCUAGGCUAUCAAGAAAUGUUGUUGAAUUCGAAUGUUGUUGAGUUCGGUUGAAGCCGCUAUGUAUGAUACGUCUUAUCACGAAAAUCUGGCCCGCUCAUUGACUCAGCGGCUUGGACCAAAGUUCUCAUUUAAACCUGC